AAUGGGUGUCGGUGCUUUACAAGGCAAAGGAGCAACCACAACAAGACGCGGAUAUUGAGGGGAUGCGGCAUCGGCACGCGGGAGCUGUCCACCAGCAGCACAGCAACGACGCGGACGCUCGUGACAGUCCAAAAGAAGCAUCUCGUCCAGUCGCCCCGCUCUUUAGUCUGCCGCCCCCACCGCCAUCGAUAAAGGAGCGAUCCACCUCCUCACAUAACAACCGACAUGCACAGUCCUGUCCGGACCGCGGCACCAGGAACGACGAGUGCCUGCCUUUGACCGGCCACUGCAGCCUCGCGCAGGGAGCGCGCACCGACCGUCAGCCUUACAACAACCUGCCGCAACCGUUUCCAGGGGCCUCAGCUGGCUAUCAGUGUCAUUCAGAGGGGAGCCAUUCGCCUCAGCAGAGAUCUUCCGUUUCCCCGCAGCCCUCCCCAUCUGAACUGCUGCCGCCGCCUCUGCCUUCGCACAUUUCUAAUACGCGGGAUACGCGCCAAAAGAGUGCUAAUUACAAACAAGACAUCGUACAGCGUCGCGUCGGGGAGGGGGGGCGUCGAGACCAGUACCAGUUGCUGCAGCAACCUUGUUAUAAUCAACAAAGGGACCCCUCCUUUGAGCCACUCUUGCCAAACUCUGGUCAAGGACACAUAAAUGCGCGCGAGGAAGCCGAGAAGGAGAGGCAAUUAAUUGAGCCUCAGGCUCAGUUACUGUUGGGCAGCAGCUUGCCGAUCAACUACUGCAUCGGCGGAUCGGAGCAAGUGUGCAGAAACAAGCAGGCGCCGCUGUUGCAGCAUCAGCAUCAGCAGGCUCGCGCGCAGGAGCACAGCCUCCAGCAGCAGCACAGUGACCGAGACAGCAGGUACCAGGAGGGGAAAAUCGCGCUCUGUCAGCCGUAUCGAUGCGAGCGCGCGCUGGAGAGAAACUCGUCCGUGUCUAGUAGUGAAGCCAGCAGCCCCCCGUACGGCUCCAGCAGUCAACUGUGGCCAGAGCCCCACGACAAGGAGGAGAAGAAAAAUCGGGCUGGCAAACACAAGGCACAUGCUGAGCGAACAAAGCUGAGCCAUGCUGGAUCCAAGGCCUCCGUCUCCGAGAGCAGUCACUCACUCCCUCAGAUAGCCAUGAACAGCUGCAAGUACAAUGGAGGAGUGGUGAGACCACUGGGCAGCCUGGCAGCGUCACGACGCAACCUGGCGGAGCAUGACUCUGAGACCCAGCCGCUCCAGACCCUGCACAGCUCCGGCCUGGAAGUGGUCGUCUCCAAGGGCGGAGGCGAAGACCCCAGCAAGGCGUCCAAUGAGAGCCUGGUCCGAGAGAGUGGCAACGCACCGCAGAAGAAGAAUAAAGAUAUUGGCUACAAAUUGGGCCACAGGAGGGCACUUUUUGAGAAACGCAAGCGGCUCAGUGACUAUGCCCUGAUAUUCGGCAUGUUUGGGAUCGUCGUGAUGGUAACAGAGACUGAACUGUCCUGGGGUCUCUAUUCAGAGGAAUCUUCAUAUUCAUUUGCACUGAAAUGCCUUAUCAGCCUUUCCACUGUUAUUUUGCUUGGUCUUAUAAUAAUGUACCACGCUCGGGAAAUACAGCUGUUCAUGGUGGACAAUGGUGCGGAUGACUGGAGGAUAGCCAUGACAUACGAGCGCAUCUUUUUCAUUGUCCUGGAGCUGCUGGUGUGUGCCAUUCACCCCAUCCCGGGCCAGUACGUGUUCACAUGGACGGCCCGGCUGGCUUUCACCUACGUGCCCUCCGUGGCCGACGCCGACGUAGACAUCAUCCUCUCCAUUCCCAUGUUCCUCCGCCUCUACCUGAUAGGCCGGGUCAUGCUCCUUCAUAGCAAACUGUUCACGGACGCAUCUUCACGCAGUAUAGGUGCCCUCAACAAGAUCAACUUCAACACACGCUUCGUCAUGAAGACCCUCAUGACCAUCUGUCCGGGCACAGUGCUGCUGGUCUUCAGCAUCUCCUCCUGGAUCAUCGCAGCCUGGACCGUGCGGGUCUGUGAGAGGUAUGGCACCACGGAGAGUGUGAUCCCGAGCUACACAGCUAUUCCCUUCCCCUCCACUCGUCCUCUCUCUCUCUCGCUCUCUUCCUCUGUCUCUCGCUCUCUUCUCUCUGCAUCUCCCACUCACUCAUUCCCCUCCAGGAGCAUCUCCAACAGCCUCACGCUGCCUGUAUGA